AUGCGAAUGUUAUGGACGGCUGAGCUGCAAGCGCGGCAGUUCGGCGUCCGUGGGUCCACGGACCCCUUAGACAAUUCCCAGCUGCCGCUGCUGGCCACGAUGCAAUUCGACGGCUUCACCAACCAAGGCGAGAAGGUCUUCAAGCUGGUAAAGUGGCCGAAGGAGUACCACGAGGACCCCAUGGUCCUGGCGAGUGCGCUGAGGCUGUCAUUGCAGGCCGUGGCGGGCAACAAGCGGCGCCAGCCUGCGGCAAUCAAGCCGAACAGGUGGUACCAGCUCCUCUCCCCUCCAGCGCAGUCUUGGGCUGGCUUCGAGAUCCAACUCGCACAGCUCGUGGAGCAGCUCAUCCUCCGUGCUCGAGAGGCCCCAGAGGCCCCGUCCGUGGCCCAACUGCCCGACGGGACGGAGGCGUGGGCAUCCUGGGAUGCCCAGAAGACAACCUGCGAUGCCGUCUCCGUGGCGCAGGCGCGUCAAUCGGACCCGAGGUCCACGGAGGAGGAAGCCGAAGAGCAAGCAGAGGAGAAGGAGGAGCACGAGCCAGAGUAG